UAGGAUAGGCGGACCUUCACUCCAUGUUCUCUCAAAACAUCGGCAUUUCUCUACUCAGCCGAGUGAAUGCUGAUACCCUUAUACAGAUGCCUGUCUGCAAUCUGCGGCAUAUUCGGCUCUGAGACCCGGUUCCCGUUGUAAGGAUGAGUUAAUUUGUCGCCAGGUCCCCCACCUACUUUAUCCCCCUCUCCUACGUCUGUCAUCCCGUUAACCUCGGCGCCUACGACGCCGGCGUCGAGAACGCAGACACCCUCUUCCUCUCCCUCCCCUCCAUCGUAGACGGCCAGUUAGGCCGCGGGCUCUUCGCAGCCUUCGCAGCAAAUGAACCGGAGCGGUAUGCCAACCUCGCGGCUACCGGCUUCCCCGUUCUGGAUAGCCGGAAUCCGUCCUGUGCGCUUAUGCAUAAUCUGCUUGAGCGCCGGUGGGCAUUAUGUGGAUAUUGGGUUGGGGGGGAGAGCGAAGUUGAUUGAGGAGGGGAAUGUGAGUUUCGGGGCUGGUGUUGAGCCCGUGGCGUAUACGGAGACGGGGCUGCGGUUUUCGGAUGGGAGGUUUAUCGAGAUGGAUGCGGUUAUCUGGAACACGGGUUCACUGACUCGAAUGUCGUUGACACGGCGGCCGAGAUACUCGGCGGGACAUCGAAUCCUCGCGGUACAACCCAACCAUGUUCGCACGAGCGAUGGGAAACACACCCAAACCCCACUCGAAAUCGCGUCGCCCCCCGACGCAACAUGGGGCGACGGCAGCGAAGGCGAGAUCCGUGGAAUGUGGAAGCGGCACUCGAAUGUGGUGAAUAUCUGGAUCAUGGGCGUGUACACGCAGCAGCACCGGUGGCACUCGCAGAUCAAUGCUGACCUGGAGGGGGUGUUCCCGGAGGCUUAUGACGGACUCCGACGUCGCCACUGACGCAUGCACCCAGAGUUGAAGAGCAUGCAAACUUGUGAUUGCGUAUGUACUGUGAGCUUAUUUGAAAAUAUAUGAACCUAAUUGGACGGCC